AUGGCUUCCUCUCACGACUCUGCUGCGCCACCGGAUGUGACUCCGCCUGUUGACGAAGCCAAUGACGCAGCUCGAGCUUCUCAGGAAGCUUCUCACGUCUCAGAUCACACCGAACAAGCCGACCUGGACACAGAAGACAGGCAAGAUGCCGAAGUCAUCGCUUUAUCUGGAUCGGCAGAAGCGACAUUGACAGCGGACAAGCCACCACCAGAGAUAGCAACACAGUCGGAUCAGAGCACUCGUAUCGAGCUCGAGUCAGAGCAGGAAGAACUGCAAUUGGCAUCCGACGCCAGCGAAGACGACGGUGACAUCUCGCUCGUUACCUCGCCAAAAGUCGAUCAAAAUGCGUCAGCCGGCGCCACUCCCUCCGCCUUCCAUCGUCGAAUCGACUCUGUGCCUCCUCAAAAGUACAACGUCAGCUCUGAUCCCGCAAAUGGGCUAUCGAAUGCCUUCGCCUCUACCUCGCUACAAGCAUCCCUGGAGGAGGAGGACGAAGCAGACAUCUCCAUACAGCAGCACGAACACGAUGCCGAUAUCGACUUUGGCCCAAGAUCAUCUCCAGCUUAUCGUUCCUUUGGACAUGUCGACGAGCUAGAGUCGCAUCCUGGUCCUACAACCAUCGACAAGGCGGAUCUCAAAUUUGUCGACAUCGCACUAGACGCACCCGAGCAAGAUGCUUCCAUCGGCGCAAACAUGCUGGAACCUACGAAUCCGUUGGCAGGUUCGGCAAGAACUGCGGAGCAGAUCCGACGAGAUAGCGUGUGCAGUCAAAGUGUUCAGCCCAGCGCUACUACAGCUGAUGCUGAACAGGAUGCGGUACUGGCUGCUAGUGCAUAUCUUUCCAAGCACGGGGCCAGCCCGCCUCUGAGCCCGGAUCACGGCGACGCGAGCGGCUGCCGCAGCGUGGAAGGUCGCUAUCGAGGCCGCAGAAGUGUGGCCACGAGCAGAGCGGCCAGUCCUGCACCUUCCCCCUCUCCGAGCCCAAGAACGUCACGGCGUGCAUCAAUGACUCUAUCACAGGAGCCAAUUCAUCAUUCUCCAUCCAGUUCUGCAACACCCGAAAGUAGACCUCCGGCUCCAGACGCACCGGCGCCAACUCUGUUAGCCUCAGACGAGCACGGAAACAUCUGCAUCGUAUCGGAAAUUCCGGUCAGCCCUCGGACUGUUCCUGAAGGGGGCCGUCCGCUCCCUUCCGAGCCUCAGCAACCUAACUCAGGAAUCACAUCCUCGGAUAACGCAUCCGCACACAAGACAGCAGCACCAGCAGAAUUACGAGCAAUUCAGUCCACCAACAAAGUGGCCACCUCCUUGUCCGACGAAGUGUCAGCCGCCGAUGCUGUAGAGGGACCUCAAGCUCUCGAAGCAGUCCUACGCGACACCAUUACCGCCUCACCCAUCGCACCAGCAAACGGCGACAGCUCCUAUCACUCAACAACGCUCAACCCCGGUCUCUCUGACAAGGCAGAUCAAGUCGACUCCAAGACCCGACGCAAGUCAUCCUCUGCAAGCGCCGGUCCAGUCGAAUCGCGAACACGCAUGACCACCCUACCAGCAAAACCAAAGACGGAAGAGAUCAAGCACCGCGCGGACUUUGAACGCAUGAUGAUGGCCGCUAAAGACGCAGAGCGGAAGCGGCGCGAAGAGGAAGAGGAACGCAAGCGUCGGCGUCAGGAUGAGCAACGCGAGGCCUUGGCUCGGUGGGAUAAGGAGAUCUUGCCGUCUUGGUCUCGAGCGCGCAAAGAUCCAGAGCUGGAGCAGCUGUGGUGGCAAGGCGCUCCACCGAGCAUCCGUGGCCGUGUCUGGGCGUUGGCGAUUGGUAAUCCGCUGAUGCUACCUCGAAACCUGCUCGAGCAGUCGGAGAAGAAGGCGGCGGGCAGCAGCAACCAGCCGAUCGAGGCUGCGAUUCCGCCUCGCGUCCUCGAUCAGAUCGACCAAGACGUCGAGGACACGCUGCCAAGCUUGAAAUUGUUUCAGACAAGUGGGCCAUUGCACGAAGAUCUCGUUCGACUGUGUCGAGCAUUCGUUCUGGUGCGUAUGGAACAAGUUUCCGAGCUCGAUGUAGCGGGCGACGCCAACCGGAAUGCCAGCCGACAUCAGCACGCUAGCCCCUUGUCACCCAAGAGCCCGCUUCUCACCGACGAAGACGAUAACUACGAACCCGACGAGCAAGAAGCGGAUCCACAGGACGAGUAUUUGAGACGAGGCAUCGACAUCUACCAGCCCGGCUUGGCCAGCCUAGCCGCCGUACUGCUUAUCAACAUGUCGAUCAACACGGCGUUUAUCGCGCUCCUCAACCUGCUCCACUCAAAACCCUGGUUGAAGGCGCUCUACUCCUUGCUGCCUAGCAUCGUCCCACCUGCGUCAGGCACGAGUCCUGCAUCGGUGCAACGAGCCAGAUUUGCAUCCUCCGCGACUCGCAAAAAUCCAGGCAGCGCCUACACCCUCCCACCCAAGGACAAGGCAAUCCGCGGCUUCGAACGCGUCUUCGAAACGCUACUCGCCGACCAGAUGCCCAAAGUGUACGCGAACCUCUUGGCUCACAAUGUGAAGCUCUACCGCGUCGUUCUACGCGAUUGGGUGACGACGCUGUGGACGGGAUGGUUGGACGUGGAUACUGUAAUGCGGUUGUGGGAUGUCGUCUUGCUGGACGAGACGGAUUCGAUGAUCUACCGCGCGUGUCUGGCGUUGGUGCAAAUGCUGGAGUCUCGGCUGUACGUGCCGGAUCAAGGCGAGUUGGAGUCGGUGCUCAAGGGGACAAAUAGGGCAGCCCUUGCGAUUUGGAGGAGAGAUAAGCAGAUGAGAGGCGAGCUGGAAGUGCAUGCACACCAUGCGUUGAAUGCUCCCCGACACAGUCGGUCUUCGAUCUCGUCAAGCGCACCGGAACCAAGGGGCACAUACACCUCUUCCACGACCUCUCCCUCGACUCAGAGCGAAGGUUCCACUCUCGCCGUUCAGUCAGACACCACCGAACCCGACCCCGACGCUAUCUUGCCGCGAGACUACAUCUACGAGCAAUACGCCAUCCAGGAGCAGCACGUGUUCUCGACGCUAGAGGCGCAAAAGAGCUGGUGGAAGCAGUCGACGCUGCAGCGUUUGCUGGAUCGAGAAUUGUCGGAAUAG